UAAACGUCACCGAGCUGCACCACGUGACCCGUGUUUUUCUAACAUGGCUAGGAAUGAGGAGAAGCAGCUGGGGAAACUGAACCGGUUAUGGCUCCAGAAGGAGAGAGCGGAGGGUCGCAUCAAGGAUAUUAAUGAACGGAGACCAAAGCUUGCAACUCUGAACUCAGUUGCAGCCGUGAAGAAAUGGAUACCAAGCAUCAAGCGUGAAAUCGAGUACUACCUGCAGCAGUCUCAGUUAUCCCACUACCCAGAGAGGAAGAUAACAGAGUUCCAGCAGCAAAUUGAGCAUCUGGAAAAGGAGUACAAGCGUUAUCUCAACAAACUGCGCUCUCUGGACCCCACCUGCAAACAUAAGCCUUGGACUCCAAGAGCCUACACCAAGAGGAGGCAAGACACUGACAGCAGUCAGUGUUUGGCCAAAAGGCUCUGCGAUCCUGAUCUUGGUAAAGUAACGUGUUCUGAAGAAGGAGCUACAACAUCUGCCCUAUUUGAUCCUGAUCUGCCUAAACAAUCAACUGCCAGCACCAGCCCAACUUCCGAUUGUCCAGAACAGGACCUCCCACUCUCUUUUGACCGCACCAAGCUGGCAGUAGCAGUGUCUGGGUCUUGGAGGGCUCCCUUGGAACAGCUGCAGGACAUUACCAAGCUGGCGUGUGUCUUACACAGAGGCCUACCCAACCUGCACAGCUCCAUAGCACCAGCUGGAGAACUCCAGGAAAGUCAGGAGACAAAAGAAACAACCUGUAGCGAAAUACCUCAGAAUAAGACAGAACAUGUGCUGGGACUGGGGUGCUACUCAUCUUCUUCUGAUGAGGAAACAUAACCAUUGAGAUCUGUGAUUUUUUUUCUCACCCAAUUUGUACAAAGGGAUGUUGUAAAGAUGACUGUGAGGCUUUUCUGUUUUGAACAUUGUAUAAUAAAUAGAUUUUAAAAAGCA